AUGCCGCUGAUCAAGUUGACCCCUUUACAAGCAAGGUUCACGGCGUGUCUCUCGGCGUCAGUCUUCUUGUUGCUGCUAUACCUGACUUUGACGAAACCAUCCUUCGCUUACGCCCUCGAGUCCGACUCCUCUCGGAUAUCCUCUGAAGACCACAACUUUUACGUCAUAUCAGAUGAGAGCGAGCAGGAAGAGGCGAAGGAAUAUACAAUAACAGUCCGCGCUGAAAAUGGGGUGUCGGCGCUUGCCAAUAACGACCCUGCGAAUAGUAACAUCGAGAUCGGCGAGACCCAGAACUGGGUGUUUCCACAGGAUGCUAUAGAGGGUCCCCAUGGGACGCCUGGGUUCGGUCUGCCAGGCGAAAAGCUAGAGGAAACAGAGUUACUACCGGAACAACACGAACUCAGGAAAAGACAGGCAGGGAGCAAAAUCUACAUUACUCUCAACACAUGUCUGCAGCCUUCCCCCAAUGCGACCAAUGAGGUGCCUCCACAGUUGCAAAUGUACAUUUCCUUGUCCGAGUCAAACCAGAAACCAGGGCCGGGCUCCGGUGGCCCCGAUCAACAGACCAUUACAGUUGAUGCAGGGUAUGCGAUCUUUGAGGCGGACGCCGACAGUGAUGUGUAUGUCGGGAUCUCUGCGCCCAACACCACGGAAUUCUCAGGCAUCUGGAAUUAUAAUAUCGCCGCGUCGAUCGAUGCACCUUUCUACGGCUUUAAGGAUCCGGAAGUGAAGAAUCUAUAUUUCGUCGACGGGGACAAUCACGCCGCCCUCCUGAUUACAAACGACACCACACAGGCUCUGCCCAACGAGACUGUCUAUCAAGAAUGGAUGAAACUAAGUCCUCCAUGGGGUGUCUUCGCUUCGAAUCAGAAGCAACGGGCAAUUCUUGGGGUCCAGAAAUCUUUCUGCGGCUUGAAAAACAACGCCCAACUAGCGGCUAAUAUUGACAACAUCACCAACCAAAAUGUUGCGCAAAUGACCAACAGAGGCUUAGGCGGCAAACCAAAAGAGCAGUUCUACAUCACCGGCCUGAACGCCACUUCAAAAUACUGGGGAAUGCUGGUCAUGGAAGGCAACUCCACAAACUCGGGUGCCGGCGUGAUUGGAGGUGGCGGCACCGUCUGGGCAGCCAUGGAAUUCCAGACCAAAACUGAAAACAAUUGUGCAUUGAUGUACAACUUGUCUUUCUGUUCAGAAGUGGCUUACGCCGUGCCCACCAAUCCGGACAAAUUCUCCCCAGAGACAGGUCUCCCAGAUUUAGCCGCACUGUAUGAUUCUAAUGCGGCCCAAAUGUACCAAUACUUCAACUACUCCCUGCAACAAAUCCCUUGCAACGCAACUUCCAGCGCUCAAUACUCUCUAGCUCGCAACUGCGACGAUUGCGCCCGGGCUUACAAAACAUGGCUCUGCGCGGUGACCAUUCCUCGUUGCGCAGACUUCUCCAAUACAGCUUCAUUUCUCAAGCCACGAAAUCUAGGCCAGAAAUUCAUCAAUGGCUCGAGCAUUUCAACCGACCCGUCGGAAUUCAACGUCAACCAAGCGCUUCUCAACGCCGUGGCCACGAAUUCUUCCCGGAACCCGCUCAUCGACACGUCCAUCCAACCGGGACCGUACAAGGAAGUUCUGCCCUGCCAAGAUUUGUGCUACGAUCUCAUGCAGAGCUGCCCGGCGAGUUUGGGAUUUGCUUGUCCGCUGCAAGGGAAAGGCCUGGAAGACAGUUACGGCAAGCGGGUCAAUGGAUCGGAAGGGGUCAUUAGUUGCAGCUAUCUGGGCGCAGCGUACUACUUGAGCGGGAGCACAAUUCUGCGACCGAGCGUGUAUAGCAUGGCGUUAUUGGCCGUGUCCCUGGGACUGAGGAACCUUGUCUAG